GGAAACAUCGUAUGUCUUUAUAAGGAGAAAAGUAGAUCUGGCGCGUACAGAUCACUCCGCUUUUCUGUUGAUUGUUUUGAAGUGUCUCAUAAACGCAUUUACAGUGAUGAUUGACAGCUGUGAGGUAAAUUGCGUAAUUGUGAGGUAAAACAGCAGUAGUGGCGCGUGAAGAGAUUCAUGAAGCGACGUUAGUACAUUUACAGGUCGCGCUAUAUGACAUGGCGGAGUGAUCGCGGUUGUGCGCUUGUGUUUCCUUAUACAGAAAGUGCGUCUGUCCAGAGCACCAGGAGAUGAAGCGGGAGUGAAGUGCGAGGGAAGCCGCGUGAAGGCGCUCAGGUUCGGCAUUACUUCUCAAAGUGUUUCGCAGACACUGUUUGUUCACCUUCCUGCCGGGUCUGUUUGUGAGCGCAGGGUCUGAUCUCACUCACAGACGGACGCUCCAGCGCUCGGCUGGCGGUUUCAUUGUCAUUUUUUCCGGUUUAAAGGAUGUUAUCCAGCCCCACCGGAGCGGCACUGAGUGGAAACGGAUCAGCGGCGGGGAAGAGCGCAGGCCACGGCGCGGUGGUGAUCGGCGGCGGGCUUCGGACGGGGCUCGUCCGCUCUGCUCCAGCGGGGAUGCUCGGGGGAAACGGUGGCGUCAGACCGGGGAACGGGACCGGACUGGGUAUUGGUCAGGCUGGAGGCAUGGUGGGCGGUUUGGGAAUCGGGGUUCCUGGGAGAUUCGAGCCGGGUAAAGAGGGACCUCCACACGGCUGCAGCGGCUCGGAUGCGGACUCGGACUCGGGCGAUGAGGACGAGCCCAUGGGGUCGAUCGGGAACGUCCGGAGAGGCGGAGGAGUCAAGCGGGAGAGAGCGGAGAUGGAGGCGGCGAUGGUCGGACAGGAGGCCGGCUUACCCUCGGGGGCGUUCGGGGUGGUCGCUGGUGGAGUGGCCGGAGCGAAACCGGGCAAGAAAACCCGGGGGAGAGUGAAGAUCAAGAUGGAGUUUAUCGACAACAAACUGCGUCGGUACACCACAUUUAGCAAGAGAAAAACCGGCAUUAUGAAGAAGGCGUACGAGCUCUCCACGCUCACAGGAACUCAAGUCCUGCUCUUAGUGGCGAGCGAGACGGGUCAUGUCUACACGUUUGCCACACGCAAACUGCAGCCCAUGAUCACCAGUGAGACGGGUAAAGCUCUCAUCCAAACCUGCCUGAACUCGCCCGAUUCUCCACCCCGAUCCGACCCGUCCACAGACCAGAGGAUGAGCGCCACGGGCUUUGAGGAAACUGACCUCACAUACCAGGUGUCCGAGUCGGAGAGUCUUGGAGAAACCAAGGACUCUCUGAAGCCGGCCUUCACUGUGGCGAGUCUGCCGGGCACCACGAGCGCUCAGCUCACUGUACCCACCACGUCCACCAGCAUGCAGGUGAGCAGCGGCCCCUCCUUUCCCAUCACCAACUAUCUGGCACCCGUCUCUGCCAGUGGCAAUGUCAGCGCCAUCGCCAACGGCACGGUACUUAAGGGCGCAGGAACCUCCGGAGGAGUGAUGCAACUGCCAAGUGGAUUUACCUUCAUGUCAGGCACUCCGUUUGGCCCUGGAACUCCCACCAUUCCUCUGGGUCAGCUCCAGCAGCACUCACUCGCCCUUCAGAGUUCAUCCGGUCAGGCCACCUCAUCCACCCCGACACAACCACAGCAGAGACAACAAGCUGUGUUCCGCCUGCCCGCCACUGUUUCUCUCACAGGUGGUGGGAUACAACAGCAGCUGCAGGCCAUUCAGGUCCAGCACUCCACACAGUCCAGCUCCAUCAGCAACACCGACAACAGUCCAGAGAUCUCACAGAGCAGCACUGCAUCUACAGCUACAGUUAGUCUCCCAGCAACCAUCGUCACAUCGUCAGUGCCCACCUCCAUGACAGGUCACAUGAUGUAUCCCAGCCCGCACACAGUCAUGUAUGCGUCAGCCCCGACACUGGCAGACGGGGGUUUGGCUGUGCUCAACGCCUUCUCACAGGGUCCGUCUGCAAUGCAGGUGUCACACGCACAGUCUCAGGACACAGGUGCUGUUCCUCAGGUGUUUCUCACAGCGCCCCCUGGUACAGUUCAGAUCCCCGUCUCAGCGGUGCAGCUUCACCCAGUACGGCAAGAUCAACACUUCACAAAUGGUGAUUGGUCAACAGUCCAGCGGCAGCAGCAGUAACCUGACAGAACUUCAAGUGGUCAAUCUAGACGCCUCACAGAACGCCAAGAGCAAUUGACCGACAAAGACGCCAGAGACUAUCUUUGCUAUUUAUUAACGCCUCCUCGCCUUUCUACUCUUUCAUUUAUACAGUUUGUCAUCUGUAUGUCUGUAACUGGACAGUUUCGACUGUAAACAUGUGACGUCCCGCAGGAGAAAUUCUGUUCUGUCUACACCACAACGCUGCAGACUACAACACAGACAUAUGCGCUGCAUUUCAUGCAGGUAAAAUCAGUGUUAGUGAAGUGUUACGAACAAUGCAGCUUCUCACAUCUGCCAAAUUUCUUUCAACUUAGUUUAAAGUGUGCUUUUGAGAGAGCUGUGGUUAUGUUGUGAGUGUAUGUCAGGGUUGGGCAAAAUUCUGAAUUGAAUUAAUGAGCGUAAAUUUGAUUUGAACAUUUGAACAUCCACACAUGAUGUUGAUUUUGAAAUAGAGCGCAACAGUCUGGUUAAAAUCCCAUUCAUUUUCUCCAUAGACUAAUUUUAAGGUUUCUAAGGUAAUGUUAAAAAUCAUAGACAGGCCUACCGUGAGCUCCGAGGUUGUUCAUCGAUGGUAACUGCUUCUGUUGAAGCCAUCAGUUCUUGUUAUUUCAACAUUAAUAGUGAAAUUUCUGGUGAAGAACUACACUACCCGUGAUCCUGAAGAGAAAGAUCCACCAAUCAGAGAAUAUCGGCAAAUUAACCUCAGCAAGUGAUCUUUGCAGCAACAUUUGUAUCUGAAUAUUUUGCAAUAAAAUUAAAAUAUAUUGUUUCUAUAUUUGUUAUCAACAACUUUAAAAUCAAUAGUUUUACAUUUUUCCAGCAUUUUAUUUCGAUUGCAUCAUUGGCAAUGCAUCAUGGGAUUGUAGUUCAUUCCCUCAUUAAAGAUGUGAAGUGCACAGUCUUGUGUGUGAAAGUGUGUGUGUGUGUGUGUGUAUGUGUGUGAGAGAGAGAGACUGUGAGUGUGUAAGAGUGUGUGUUUUUGUGUGUGUGAGAGUGAGUGAGUGUGUGUGAGAGAGAGAGAGACUGUGAGUGUGUGAGAGUGAGUGAGUGUGUGUGUGUGUGUGUGAGAGAGAGAGACUGUGAGUGUGUAAGAGUGUGUGUGUGAGAGAGAGAGACUGUGAGUGUGUAAGAGUGUGUGUUUUUGUGUGUGUGAGAGAGAGAGACUGUGAGUGUGUAAGAGUGUGUGUGUGUGUGUGUGUGUGUGUGAGAGACUGUGAGUGUGUAAGAGUGUGUGUUUUUGUGUGUGUGAGAGUGAGUGUGUGUGUGUGAGAGAGAGAGAGACUGUGUGUAUGUGUGAGUGUGUGUGAGAGAGUGUAUGUGUGUGAGAGAGAGAGAGACUGUGAGUGUGUAAGAGUGUGUGUGAGAGAGUGAGAGAGACUGAGUGUGUGUGUGUGUGUGUGUGAGAGAGAGAGUGAGAGAGACACUGUGUGGGUGUGUGUGUGAGAGAGAGUGAGAGAGACACUGUGUGUGUGUGUGUGAGAGAGAGAGAGAGACUGUGUGUGUAUGUGUGUGAGAGAGAGAGAGAGAUACUGUGAGUGUGUGUGAGAGAGUGAGAGAGACACUGUGUGUGUGUGUGUGUGUGUGUGUGUGUGUGUGAGAGAGAGAGAGAGAUACUGUGAGUGUGUGUGAGAGAGUGAGAGAGACACUGUGUGUGUGUGUGUGUGUGUGUGUGUGUGUGUGUGAGAGAGAGAGAGAGACUGUGAGUGUGUGUGUGUGUGUGAGAGAGUGAGAGAGACACUGUGUGUGUGUGUGUGUGUGUGUGUGUGUGUGAGAGAGAGUGAGAGAGACACUGUGUGUGUGUGUGUGUGUGUGUGUGUGUGUGUGUGUGUGUGAGAGAGAGAGUGAGAGAGACACUUGUGUGUGUGUGUGUGUGUGUGUGUGUGUGAGAGAGAGAGAGAGAGAGAUACUGUGUGUGAGUGUGUGUGUGUGUGUGUGUGUGUGUGUGUGUGUGGGCUUGAGGUGUGUUGGGUAAAGGUUUUAUUAAUAGAUUUGGCCUUUGUCAAAAUAAGAUAAAUGGACAUUUGGAAAUGUACAUAACCUCUGCUUUUUAUGAGAUAUUAAAUAAUAAUUUUGAGAUUUGUUUUGUGCAUCGGCAUGUAGUUGUUUUUUAAAGAUAUUUUGUAUACGCUGUAACUGUUUUGCUUAUGAAAUCAGUUAUUUGGCUCACCAUGUAAAUGAAUGUAAUAUAAACAUAUUGAUUUAAACACCAUGAUGUAAUGAUGAGAAAUACAAGAUGUAGGAUUUCUCUCUCUCUCUCUCUCGCGACAUGAUUGUGCCAAAUCACCUCUAAACAUUUACAAAAUUGAAAGAGAGCGAAAGAGAAUUGUAAAGAAAAACCCUGAUAUUUAUCCCUCCAUCUGUUGCCCAACCUUUGAACUCAUCCAUAAACACGCUGUCACCUAUGCUGGUAUGCACAUGGUGCAGAUAGCCAUGACUUGAGCUGCAGACGUGCUUUAAACUGAACAUAAAAACGUUUCGUAAACGAGGUUAAAACGGUCAUGUUGUGAGCUGGUCCUUCAAACUGAAAUGGAUUGUGGUUAAUGUGUGGAAUAAGUGCCCUGUCAAUCAUACUGUAAGCAGAGAAUGUUAUAUUUAUGUUAAAGAACACUUCGGUCAGUUUUAACAUCAAACUAAACUUUUAUCAUGUGAGCAGGACAUACUGUCACUGGUCUCUUGUAUGUCUGUUGUCAUGAAGGGCUCCGUCAGUCGAUGUCCCUGCUUUAAGAGACUUCCUUCAGUUUGCAUUGGCCUUAAAAAUGUUGCACUUAAAUGCAACAAUAAGUGACUCUGUACAUUAUUUCUCAGAGCAGUUUCUGAAAUGACAUGAACAAUAACACGCCUUCAUUUCUUGUGUGACGGAGAAGUCAUGCACGUCAUUAUUUUGGAACCGUUGAAUGGUGUGAUCAUUAAGUCUUUUUCAAACUGUUUGAUCUUGAACUUUAAAUAGUACAUAAUACAUGCUGAAAAAAGAUGAAGAUUUUGAGUUCUUCACUGUAUGCUCUCAGAAAGAUUUCAAAGAGUAUAAAUAUUUUUGGAAGUUAGUUUUAUAAUGUUUAGGAGAUCGUGUGACGGUAACACUGGCUCUGUUGUUGUAAGACUUGGAUUAUAAUAGUGUGAUGUUUGUUUUCAGACACAGAUGUACAGACCUUUUUGUAAUAAAAAUGGAUCGUGUCACA